AUGAAUGGGACGCCACUUGCUGCCUUAGACAGCACGACGGUCAGUCCCAUGGUUCAGAAUAUUUCGGUCGCUCUUCUUACAGGACAAGCGGCUGCAGAACAUCUUGCUUCCAAAGCUGGCUUUCGUCUACCGGACUACACAGAAUCUUUGGUUGUGACCCUUCUGUCUUAUACUCCACCAAGUACACCGGAACUAGGUCUGUAUGCGGCCCACGUGGAGAAUACUCAAGGUUGCACUACAUGCUACCUUCGAGUGCAAAAUUACUCCGUUCCAGAAGCUCCUUCGUCGGUGCACCUGAUAAACAUCACAGAUGAUCGCAUACUACUGUCUUGGAUCGCAGGCUAUCAUGGUGGCUAUUCGCAAAAGCUUAUGGUUCGAUCGAUCAAAGACCAGGAUCCCCAUUCACAAAGUGGAGGAAGGACAGUCGUAAUUCCAGAUGUACCCUCUUUUCCAGAGCGACAACAAUGCUGGUUCACAGGAUUGCGGCCAGGAAGCACCUACUAUCUUACUCUUUACGGUGAGAAUAAACUUGGUGCUGGGCCAUCUUCCGAGGUGAUCAAGGUCAAAACAAUGGAUUUACAGUUCCCAAAAAUUAUCGGAUACGAACUCAACUCGGACAGGAUUGAGCUGCAAUUCCAAGAUGACACGACUCUACCCAACAGUUUUUGUAUUCAAGUGGAGGAAAUCCGCACUUCGUCAUUUGCCUCGCCUUCUCUGAUCUAUGACACCUGUCCGAAAGUUUCUAUCACAACUGCUAGCAGUGAGCUGUUCGCGAUUGAAUACUGUGAAAACGGAUUGUCAAUGACAAACGGUCACGCUACAAACCGAAGUAAUGUAAUGCUUGGUAGCUCGGCAGUUAGCGACCCAACCCAGGCUAUGCCAGACCAUCGACUGGAUAUCGUACUCAACGCGUCAACAGCGAAUUCUGAUGGGACUGUUCUGAUACCGGUAGAAGGCAACCAGGGUGCAAUAUCGAAUGAGGAGAGCACCGAUAUUCCCACUGUGCUCAAAUAUCGGCUGCGCUUUUGCUAUGUGAAAGCCCCGCAUGAAUGCUCGGACUACGUUAGUUUAAACAAGGUUAAUAGGAAGUUGCUCAAUUACUAUAAAAAUGAUUUGGAACGCAAACGUCAGACAAAAAUUUGCCUAAUGAACCUACGUGAGACAUGCCAUGGUACUCUGGGACUGAAAUUGGUCGACGGCAUUCUGUACAAUGGGCACCCUUUCAUCACUCAGAAACUUUCUUCCUUUGCUAGGAAAAUCCAAUACAGAUCCAGUGGACUCGAAUUUCGCAAUCAAGCGUGUAAUGGGCGACACAGUGAAAGGAUCUUUGAUGAGACCAUGUUUGGUUUUAUAAGCACGAAGUGCAACGGUGGCGCUUUCACCAAGGGAAGAAUGGAGUUUCACAAUUUAAAUGUACAAUCCAGUCCUACAAGCUCAAAGUUUCCCAUCCUAUGGAUUUGCCUCAAUGCAACCGUUUUUCCUGCCGUUGGACUGCUGAUUGUUUGUCUCUGGCAUGCUCACAGAAGACGCCAAACUGCUGGCAAUCAAGUAUGGAUCUCGAGAAAAUCAGAUCCGUUAAUUAAGCAUCGGGUGCAAAUACGGAAGUUUAACAAACCUCACUCUGAUGAUGAUCUCCGCAAAAGGAGGAGUAAAACCCAGGUUUUUAUCUGCACAUCGGUGGUAUUUUCAGCGGAAAUUUUGGACACAAAUAUUCACAAGAAAAUCACAAAAAAAUCAAAAAGAUGGAAGCCAGGGGGUUAUCAGUCUAGAUUUUACGGUUACUAUUUGCGACUGAAACAUGAGGCGGCCUGGUGCAGCACAUUCAGUUGCCUGAGAACAUCACGAACGAGAGAUUCAGCUGGGUUCCAGGUGAGUCUCUCGAAAAAACACCGAAUUAGUUUGCAAAUGAAUGUAUAUUCGAAAUUAGUUUUACUUUUGUCUGAUCACCGCAAACAGUGUCCUGCCUUCCGUCUUCUAGAAACACAAACUCUGCUGAUGGAAACUUCUGUGGAAUUCACUCAGUGUUUCUGUAAGUACUUCCGUCCAUCCUUGAGUUCACAUAUUCUGAAGAUAAAAACCCACUCUGUGUUUUACGGCUGUACACUCGUGGGAAAGCCUAAAAUUUGGGAGCGAACACUGGUUGCAAACGGAAAAUAUUCUCGGCAAAUACAAACCAAGAGCGUGAAUCGAUCGUCACAACCAGGACAGUUACUGGGUCGUCGUUCGAUGAGUCGGGCACACCAAUCACAUCGCUCAAGUGUGAACACGUUCGCCUGUUCAGACGUGAUAAUUCAGAUGCGUCCAACGUGUGUUGGUGGAGUAGUGGUUAUACGCUUGCCUCGCAUGUCAGAUGUCCGGGGUUCAAAUCCCCGAACGAUCAUUGAUGAUGAUGAGCUCUAA